AUGGAGCCAUCCGGAGAAGCCGCCAAAGAACAUAGGUUCUCCGAUCCAGGCUCGAGUAGCAUAUUUACCGCUAUCUCAACCAUAUUCGGAUUCGUCGAUUUCGUUACAGCCCUCAAAGAGGUCUCGGACGAAAAUCGCAUCUUCAUAUCGCUCAUUGAACGCGUCCGUCAUGACGUAGAUGAGGCUUUUCGACUGCGUCGCUGUCGCAAGGUGGCAGAUCAUUUUGCGACUUUCCCGCAGGAAAGAAAUUGGAUUGACGGGACGAUCAUGGACGUACAGCGGUCGCUGAAUGACCUCGGGCUAUACGUUGAAAAUGCUAGGAUAGAUAUGGAUGGCCGUGUGGAGGUCAAGAUGAAGAACAAAUUUGAAUGGGUGCUACGGAAUCAACAGAAGCUCAUUACGAGGCAGAUAGCCCUGAGCACAUGUCAUCAGAGCCUGAUGAUUGCAGUGCAAGCUAUGCAGGGUGUGGAGAUGGACUUAAAACUUGGAGGGCCAGACAAUAACUCUCCUACCUUGCUCGUCCCCGGACAGCGAGGGUCAACGGGUAUGACCGAUGACUCCCAUCUUGGUCCUUACACAAGAAGGAAAAGAAGAAGCUUCAGUACUAGAAGUGAUCUUCAAAUGAAUGCACAAGAGAUAGAAAUCGCAAGUGAGAAUUUACCAGAGCCGGUGACUAUCAUGCCUGUUGCACUACCUGCUAUUGCCUCAACAGAGGACAAUCUUCGUCCGCACCUGAGUCUCAGAGGCUCAUCUGGAUAUUUCCCGUCGCUUCCAAUCCUCCAGCAAAAUGGUAAACCGUAUCCCGAGCUUCCAGGCUGUCUCCCAGCAACACGAAGUAUGCCCGAUCUUCCUCUUAGCGAAGAGAUCAUUUCAGGACAUGAUGGAAGGCCGCCAAUACCACGCAAACCGAUAGCCUACAUUCCCAGCUCAUUGCCUGUCAUUCCGCGGCAUCCUUCACUCAGAACUGGACUCAGCGAGUGGAUCAUCCCUUGGGGCGAAGUACAGAGCGAAAAAAUUGUUCGCGUUGCCUCACCUACUUCGUCGAAUGCGGCCACUGCCACUUCAUCCCUGGACACAGUUUCGAGCACCGAAGCAGUUGUCAUCGAAUUAGCUGUUCCAGACAAAGUCACAACUUCAGAGCAGCCUCGACUCAUGACCACGCAACAGAGGCGAAGAUUGGCUCACACAAGACGGCUUGCAGCAGCGUAUGAUGACGACGAAGACUGA